AUGCAAGUGAGCAUAAAUCGCUCGCGCGCGCAGCGGAGUCUGCUCCUGUCCGCCACAACUACAAUGGCGGGACCCACUAGAGCAGGCGUGCUGCACCUCUACCGCGAAUUUGUGCGCAGCGCGCGCCAGUUCAACAACUACAACUUCCGCGAGUACUUCAUGCGCCACUCGCGCGACACCUUCCGGAAGCACAGGGAGGCCUCGGGCGAGGAGCUGCAACAGCUGUGGGAGCGAGCGCAGCAGGAGGUGGGAGUGUUGAAGCGGCAGAGCGUGAUCUCUCAGAUGUAUACUUUCGAUAAGCUAGUCGUCGAGCAACUGCGCAAGUGA